GAGCGGCUGGCUGAUAAGCGCCAACACUCGCUAAACUUUGGAAUUAAACCUCAUUCGUCUUCUCGUUUUCGGUGAAUUCAGUGCACAACAUGGACUUCCAAGAAGAUAGCUCAAGUGGCACCACUGGCAAUGAUCUGGGACAACGCUAUCGACAUGCUGGGGACUUAACCGGCGAGCAGCCAACCAGGCCAUUCGCUGAGAUCAGCAUUACUGUGCCCUGGGGACACAUUUCCGGCAAAUGGUACGGCCCGCAGAAUGUGCAACCCAUCCUGGGCCUGCACGGUUGGCAAGAUAAUGCGGGGACCUAUGAUCUGCUGAUGCCACUGCUCUCCCCGGAUGUGGCCUUUCUGUCGAUUGACCUGCCCGGCCAUGGACUGUCUUCACGUCUGCCCGAUGGCUGCUACUACAACUCUGUGGACAAUCUCUAUGUGAUACGCCUGAUCAUGAAGCAAUACAAGUGGGAGAAGGUGUCGCUGGUGGGGCACUCCAUGUCCUCCAUCAUUUGCUUCGUGUUUGCUGCCGUCUUUCCCGACAAGGUGGACAUGAUCAUUGGGAUAGAUGCUCUCAAGCCACACCAGCGACCAUAUCCCUCGGUCAUUCGGACCAUGGAGACGCGUCUGGACGAGUUUCUGCGUGAGGAUGAGCGCAACCGAAGCAAGAAUGAGCCGCCUAGCUACACCUACGAUGAGCUCAUCGAGCGCGUCUACCUCGGCACAUUCCACUCGGUCAACAAGGAGCACUGCAAGCACUUGAUGGCGCGAAACGUCCAGAAGUCAGAGAAGUACCCAGACAAGUUCUACUUCUGUCGCGAUCGGCGGCUAAAGUUCUAUAACUAUGCAAUAGGCUCCCAGGAGCUGUGCGUGGAGAUGGCCCAUCGCAUCAAGUGCCCGUAUAUGUUCAUCAAGGCCACACAGUCCUCGUACUUUGAGGACAAGAAGUACUACGACGAGGUGCUCGACGUUCUGCUAAAGAAGCCCAACUUUGAGUACAUCGAGGCCAAUGGCUCGCACCAUGUGCAUAUGAACAGUCCAGAGGCCAUCAUUGAACCGGUCAAUAACUUCAUUCAACGCUUCGGACCGGCGGCAGCGGCAGCGGAGCGCCUAAAGGCCAAGGAGGCGAAGGAGAGCAAGCUCUAGAGUAUCAGUAUCAGGCCAUACGCCCAAAGCACACAAGACGCACACACUCGCAUGCACACGCACAACACCAAACGGGUCAAAUGGGGCUUAUUUAUCGUUGCACAGAUUGCACAGGUUUUUAUACUUAAUUGUUGAUUAUGUGAUCGAAGCAGAAGAAGGCUCAGAGCACAGAGCGCGGCUCUGCUCUGCUCUGAUCUGCACUCUGCUAUAAAUAUACAAUGUACAUAUGCCGAAAG